UCAUUCAAAAGCCAUACGAACGCGAUAAACCCCCGAAGGUAAUGAUUUUUUUCCAGACCAUAGAUCCCCCUUUCUAACGUCACAACGUGAAUGCCGAUUACACGGCCAUGGCCUUUUCUACCGCCGGAGGGUACAAACAGCAGGAGCACCUGCGGCUGUAUCGUGCACUGAUCAAAAGCGCGUCGCGAUUUCCUCUUCGUUCGCGACGUGAGCUGGUCCUGGCGGAGGUCCGCGGCACCUUCCGCGACCCCCCUCACCCCCCCUUAACCCCCAAAGAGGUGGAUUACCGCCUGUUGCUGGGCUGGGAGCGCGUUGCAGCCAUCACCACCUACGCCCAAAACAUGCACUGGUUCCACUCCCGUGAUGAAGUGACCCGCGAGAUGAUGCUCUUCUCCGAGUCUCGGGAUCGCCAACGCGCCGAGGAGACCGCGCGCUGCAAUAACGUCGGGAAGGCGCACCUCAAGACGACGGAGGUCACGGAAUUUAAGUCGACCUUCUACCACGUCCACCCGGACUACCUCCACAAGAUCGGCGCCACGCCGCUCACACACUCAAGGGAUAUUUGGCGAGCGCGUGGGCAGUACGGCUCGGACGUUGGCGGGCCCCGGCAAAAGUUUUUUGUGAGGCGCUUUAAAGCAAUGUUUCCUCAGGGUUGGUGAGUGUUGAUAGUCAAAAAAAUAGGAUAGGAAGAAAGU